AUGAUCCCGCUGCUCCUGCUUGUGGUGCUAUCCGGGGGCCGCUCGCUGGCCUCCGCCGCCGCCAGCCCGCUGCACAGCCUGGAGCUCUCCCACUAUGGCAGCAUUUUCUCUCCGCUCCUCAAAGCUCUGUCCGAGCACGGGGGCUCCUGGUGGGACCCGGGGUCCAAGAAGAAGAUCAAGCCUGAGCAGAAGUACAUGAAGUAUCUGACCGAAGUGUACAAGAAGUCGUCCAGAGUGCACAGGAGCCUGGAAGGGACUCAGGAGUACAACACUGUCCGGCUGAUCAAACCGCUGGACGAGUGCUUGGCGACCCACGAUCGAGAGAACUUCAUGCAGGAUCUGUCCUAUAGCAUCGAUCAAGUGAGAAAGAAAGAGGAACUUCUGAAGUCGGCUCUUCUGUACAAUUCCCACCCAGUGCACUCUAUGUGUUUCCUGACCAUCAGAGAGCAGGAGCGUUCAGACAGAUGUCAGCUGUGUCCUGGGAUUCACCGAGCUGUGAACUUCACCGCCAGUGGGCCCGGCAGGAGAAACUGGGUGGAGGUGGAUGUGACAUCACUCCUCCUGCCUUUACUGAAGUUUCAGAAAAGGACUUUACGCCUUCUCAUCAACGUCACGUGUCCAGAGGAGAAGAGCCACAGGGGUAAUGGAUGCCUUGAGACCACCAUGAGGUCUCCUCCUUUGCUGCUUUAUCUCAAUGACACCAGCAAAGUUGCACAUCAGAGAUCGCAUGUUAAAAUGAGUCCAAGAUCUGCUGCGGAAAAUGUGAUUUUUAAAUCUGAUCAGAGGUUGCGUCGCAAGAGCAGAUGGAAACGGGAAUCCUCAAAAAGCAAGCAGGGAAGUAAAAGCCUGGAUAUCCAUUUACCUGAGCUUCUCUCAAGCUCAGAAUACCCCACAAGUGACUGCGCCUUGUAUGAUAUUAAGGUGAGAUUCAGCCAGCUGAAGCUGGACCACUGGAUUGUGUUCCCACCGAAGUAUAACCCCAGGUACUGCAGAGGCAUCUGCCCGAGAACCAUAAGCAUCUAUGGUUCUCCGGUCCACACCAUGGUGCAGAACAUCAUUUAUGAGAGGCUUGACUCCUCUGUGCCGAGGCCUUCCUGUAUUCCCUCCCACUACAGCCCCCUGAGCGUUAUGAUCUUUGAGGAAGACGGCUCCUAUGUCUACAAGGAGUUUGAAGACAUGAUCGCCACAAGAUGUACAUGUCGAUGAAAUCAAUUUUUUUUUUUUUUUUUUGGUUUUGUUUUUCCCAGCUCAAGAGAACAACCCCGCUAAAGGACAAUAGCAGCUCCGGACAGAGGACUUAAUCCCCAUCUCAGUUCUUCUGACCAGGCUCGGUGAUUUCAUGAAUCUAUAAUGUCGUUCCAAUCUGGAGCAGGUGUGUUUACUUAAAGUAUUUUAUCCAUGUAGAUAAUGUGGAACAGUCAUUUGAUUUUUUUUUUUUUUUUUUUGUUCAAGGAAGGUAGAAAUUUGAUCCGGUAUUUUGAAAGUGAUGCACUUGAUGGAUCCUGAGUGAAUUUUUGUUUUGUUCAUUUUUUUUUUUUCUUCAGUUUUCUGGGGGGUUUAAUUUAUUUUGGGUGCGCAGUCUUUAGUUUGACACGUCUGUCAAGUUUUAAGUAGCCCUGUUCUGGAAAGAAAGAUGUACAAAAAAAAAAGCCACACAAAUUCUUAUACAACCUUUUAGAUAUCAUUUUAUACCUAGUGAUUUGAGAUGGUUGUUUAAAUGAAUCCCAUCAUCAUCGUGUCCCAAAAUGAAAGCUAUCCUGGG